UUGUCAUGCAUUUUAGUUUUUUGUUACCUCCCAGAAAACAGGAAACCCCCAUAACGGGUACCGAUCAGUUCAACGUUCAUCUUCAAUUUCAUCACUGAUUCUACAAAAAUCUAUACAAAUUCCAACAACUUAUUCUCACACUAAUCACUCACACACACCAAUCAGCAUGAUACAGGUAGAAAUCAAGUAAUUUCUCAAUCAAAACAAAACAAAUUAGGGUUUGUGUUAUCAAUGGGUGUCAUCUGGUACCCUCUUAUCAUCUCUGUUAUAGUCUUCUUCUUCGUGUUUGAAUCCGUUGAUGGAGGAUUAACUAGUAGUUUUGUAAGACAAAUUGGGAAGACUAUUGAUAUGCCUCUCGAUAGUGACGUGUUUAGUGUGCCACCUGGCUAUAAUGCGCCUCAACAGGUUCAUAUAACACAAGGAGAUCAUCUGGGGAAAGCAGUGAUUGUAUCUUGGGUAACAAUGGAAGAACAAGGUUCGGAUAUCGUCAUUUACUGGCGUAAAGACGACACAACUAAGAACAUAGCAACUGGCAUUGUUACUACCUACACAUUCUAUGAUUAUGCCUCUGGGUUCAUCCAUCAUUGCAAUAUCACCGAUUUGGAGUAUGAUACAAGAUACUAUUAUGAAGUUGGGAUUGGAAAUGCAUCAAGAACUUUCUGGUUCACUACUCCUCCUGAAGUUGGACCAGAUGUACCAUAUACUUUUGGUCUUAUCGGUAUUUUGUCCAAUUUGACCCGUGAUCUUGGUCAAACCUUUGACUCAAAUGCGACACUUACUCAUUAUGAAAUGAAUCCCAUAGAAGGAAAAACCGUAUUGUUUAUGGGAGACAUUUCUUAUGCUGAUACGUAUCCGGAUAAUGAUAACACGAGAUGGGAUUCGUGGGGUCGGUUUGCUGAGAGAAGUACAGCAUAUCAACCGUGGAUAUGGACUGCUGGAAAUCAUGAAAUUGACUUUGCACCCAAACUUGGAGAGACUGAACCUUUUAAGCCUUAUACUCACAGGUACCAAGUCCCUUUUGAGGCAUCCGAAAGCACUUCACCUUUUUGGUACUCCAUUAAGCGGGCUUCAGCGUACAUCAUAGUGCUGUCUUCAUACUCAGCUUACGGUAAAUACACUCCUCAAUAUGAAUGGCUUGAGAAAGAAUUACGUAAAGUUGAUAGAACCGAAACACCAUGGUUGAUUACCAUGAUACAUUCCCCGUUGUAUAAUAGCUACAUGUAUCAUUAUAUGGAAGGCGAACCUAUGAGAGUUUUGUUUGAGCCGUGGUUUGUCAAGUUCAAGGUUGAUGUCGUGUUUUCUGGGCAUGUACAUGCCUAUGAACGCUCCGAACGCAUAUCGAACAUCGGUUACAAUAUUGUAAACGGGGAUUGUAGUCCUGUAAAAGACGAAUCUGCCCCUGUAUACAUAACCAUUGGGGAUGGAGGAAAUCUCGAGGGUUUGGCAUUUAACAUGACUGAACCACAGCCAAUGUACUCAGCUUUUAGAGAAGCUAGUUAUGGUCAUGCAAUUUUCAACAUCAAGAACCGAACACAUGCAUACCAUAGUUGGCAUAGGAAUCAAGAUGGAUAUGCUGUGACCGCUGAUUCAAUAUUGUUUUAUAAUCGCUAUUGGUAUCAUCAUGAACAACGACUACAUGCAUCAUCGUAAUAACUUGUUUGCUUUCAUUUUGGUUAUAGAGUUUCAGUUUUUAUUUUCU